AUGCUGCAGAAUAUCACAAAGCUGGCAGAACAAGGCGAUGAGUCACUCAAGAAAGAAUUCAGUUUGGACGCAGACAAUAAUUCCAACACAGGAUUCCCAGUUCCUAGCGAGCUCUUCCCAACAGACGAGGAUGCGGAAAUCGUGAAGCCCGUGAAGCGUACGAAGUCGAGGAAAGGUGGAAAGAAGUCAAAGAAACUUCGGAAGGGUAUGUCAAAGCUGAGAAAAGGUGGUCGUGGACCGCAGAGUUUGGAGCUUCACUCUGGAGAGUUUAAACCAGUGGAGAAACGCAAGAAGAAGAGUUUUCCAAAGUUCCGCAGUCGAGUCACAAAUAACCUUCGAGCCCGCUCAUUCGGCUUCCGGACUGUGAUCGAUGAGAAGCCUAGUAGUGUGGAGAAUACUGGAACAGUUGAUGCUGACGGAAAGUUCGUUAAUCCAUCUACCCUAAUAGAAGAGAUUGCAAGGCUCGAGUAUGCGCCGCCACCACAAGCGUUGGAUCUGAAUUUGGUUCCUAUAGAGAAGGGAUUUUUACCUGGAUCUAAUGCUGAUUUCCACCAACAACCCAUGCAUUUGAUCACUGAAGGCGAUAUCGAUCGACAAGGUAAGGCAGGCGUUGAUUUCGUGGCUAUAUGGUUCAAUAUUACAUGGAAAUAG